UCUGCAGCAGCAGCAGCAGCUCACAGCUGACAGCACUGAGCUCAACUUCACUACUAGCGGACACCGACACGGAGAUCAGCUGAGGACUUUACUCUCUCGCCGCAGACACACGUUUUAAUUGUGAGAAUAUUUCUGCUCCCAGGACGCUCCUCCAGCACCUCCUCUGUUUGCGCACUGUUUCCACCACAAUGAACUUUAUUUAGGACGCGUCCCUCCUGCAGGCGUCCUGAGGCACAGCCCCGACAUCGCCGUCCACUGGGGGUCCUUGUCUUGUGAUAGAGUUCAGUUUCUCAGCAGAUUCUCGUUCAUCACACUCAGCUCAGCUCCAGGGUCGGAGGGAAGAGGACAAUGGGGGCCGGUGGGGUCUCCCCCCGAGCCCUGCUGUGGCUCCACCUGCUCGGCUUGAUCUCUGUGGCGUCGCCCCUCAACCCGGAUGACCCCAACGUGUGCAGCCACUGGGAGAGCUACGCUGUGACGGUGCAGGAGUCCUACGCUCAUCCGUUUGACCAGGUUUACUACACCCGCUGCACCGACAUCCUUAACUGGUUCAAAUGCACCAGACACAGGAUCAGCUACAAGACGGCAUACAGGAGAGGAGUGAGGACCAUGUACAGGCGACGCUCUCAGUGCUGCCCGGGCUUCUAUGAAAGUGGAAACCUGUGUGUUCCGUUGUGUACUGAAGAGUGCGCCCACGGACGGUGUGUCUCUCCUGAUACCUGCCAGUGUGAGCCUGGCUGGGGAGGACUGGACUGCUCCAGCGGCUGUGAGAGUGACUUCUGGGGGCCCCACUGCAGUAACCGCUGUCAGUGCCGGAACGGGGCCAAAUGUAACCCGAUAACAGGAGCCUGCGUCUGCACCGACGGCUUCCAGGGCUGGCGCUGCGAGGAGCCCUGUGACCCCAACUUCUACGGCAAGGACUGCCUGCUGGAGUGCCAGUGCCUCAACGGCGCCACCUGCCACCAUCAGACCGGCGAGUGCCUUUGUGCGCCCGGAUACACUGGCGCCUUCUGUGAGGAGCCCUGUCCUCCAGGGAAACAUGGCUCCCUGUGUGAACAGCGCUGUCCCUGUCAGAACGGAGGAACGUGCCAUCACGUCACCGGAGAGUGCUCCUGUCCUGCCGGCUGGGUGGGUCCAGUCUGCGCCCAGCCGUGUCCGUUCGGAUCAUUCGGCAUUAAUUGCUCUCAGGAGUGCACGUGUCGUAACGAGGGCCUGUGUGACCACAUCAGCGGUCAGUGCCAGUGCACGGCAGGCUACAUCGGAGAGAGAUGCCAGGAUGAAUGCCCAGUUGGCACGUACGGGCCGCAGUGUGCCCACAAGUGUGACUGUCAGAACGGAGCCAAGUGCUACCACAUCAACGGGGCCUGCCUGUGCAACGAGGGCUUCAAGGGUCCUAGCUGCCAGGACCGCUUCUGUCCCAGCGGCCUGUACGGACUCAUCUGUGACAAAUACUGCCCCUGCAAGGCUGCAAACACACUCAGCUGCCACCCUCUGUCAGGAGAGUGCACCUGUACAGCAGGAUGGGCGGGGCUUUACUGUAACGAGACCUGUCCGGCAGGUUACUACGGCGAGGGCUGCAGAGAGCUGUGCGCCUGUGCCAACGGAGCCGACUGUGAAGGCGUCACCGGAGCUUGUGUCUGUGCUCCGGGGUACAUCGGUGACGACUGCUCCAUCAGCUGUCCUGCAGGCCUCUACGGGAUCAACUGCACCUCCUCCUGCUCCUGCCACAAUGAGAUCUCCUGCUCGCACAUCGAAGGCUCCUGUUUCUGCAGAGAAGGCUGGCAGGGUGUGGACUGCUCCAUCCCAUGCUCCAGUGGUGCUUGGGGACUGGGCUGCAAUCAGACGUGUCAGUGCGCCAACGGGGCGGCCUGCGACCCCGUCAACGGUACCUGCACCUGCUCUCCAGGCUGGAGGGACGAGUACUGCGACGUACCGUGUGCUGAGGGAUGGUACGGGCUGGACUGCAGAGAGAGAUGUGACUGUGUCAACGCCAACGGCUGUGAUCCAGUGACGGGCUUCUGUCGCUGUCUUGCAGGUUGGACAGGUGUCCACUGUGACAGUGUGUGUGAGGAGGGACGCUGGGGACCAAACUGCUCCUACAGCUGCACCUGUGAGAACGGAGGCUCCUGCUCCCCAGAGGACGGCACCUGUGUGUGUGCUCCAGGAUACCGCGGCACCAACUGCAGACGAACAUGCUCUCCUGGUUUCUUCGGUCAGCGCUGCAGCCAGUCGUGUCCUCAGUGUGUCCACAGUGACGGGGCGUGUCACCAUGUCACCGGUCACUGUGAAUGUCUCUCUGGAUUCUUCGGCUCGCUCUGUAAUCAAGUGUGUCCCAGUGGAAAGUUCGGUAAAGCCUGCGCUGAGGCGUGUUUGUGCACCAACAACGGCACCUGUAACCCAAUCGACGGCUCCUGUCAGUGCUACCCUGGAUGGAUCGGCGAGGACUGCUCCAAACCGUGUCCUCAGGGCUCGUGGGGUCCAGACUGCAUCCACACAUGUAACUGUCACAACGGAGCUCAGUGCAGCGCCACAGACGGAGAGUGUAACUGCAGCCCUGGAUGGACGGGACUCUACUGUACUCAGCGCUGUCCCACAGGUUUCUACGGCGGCCAGUGUGCUGAAGUGUGUCGCUGUCAGAACGGCGCCGACUGCGACCACAUCAGCGGACAGUGUUCCUGCAGGACGGGGUUCAUCGGACAGAGCUGUGAGCUCAAGUGUCCUGCAGGGACGUUUGGUUACGGCUGCCAGCAGCUGUGUGAGUGCAUGAACAACGCCACCUGUGACUACGUGACGGGAACCUGUUACUGCAGCAUCGGCUUCAAAGGCAUCCGCUGUGACCAGGCGGCUCUGAUGAUGGAGGAGCUGAACCCGUACACUAAGAUCAGCCCGGCGCUGGCAUCAGAGCGCCAGUCGGCUGGCGCCGUCCUGGGCAUCAUCUUCCUGCUGCUGCUCAUCAUGGCCAUGCUCGGCCUGGUCGUCUGGUUCCGCUACCGGCAGAGAGAGAAAGGCCACCACGUGCCGAGCGUCACCUACACGCCUGCCCUGCACAUCAACUCCACAGACUACUCCCUCUCAGCAGGGCUGCAGUGUACAGGCCUGCUCUCCUCUCCAGACUCCUCUCCCAGUAACAGCUCUGUAGGACGCUGCUUCUCCAACACCAGCUACCGCACUCUGGGGCCGUGCACCUACGCUGCCCACUACGCCAAGCCGGACAAGAGGAGCUCCACCAAGAUGAAGACGAAGAAGCGCCACAGGAACAGUGCUCCAGAGUGGGGGGCGUACUGUAACCUCAGCGAUCUCGGUCAGUUAAUGAUGGAUGAUGUUUAUCUUUCAGACUACAUGAAGGGCUCGUUGUCCAGCACCUGCUCCCUCAACAGUGAGAACCCGUACGCCACCAUCAACGACGCACCUGCUGUGUGUAAACACUCAGAGAGCAGCUAUGUGGAGAUGAAGUCGCCAGCUCACCAUGAACACAUGACACACUGUUGCUCCGCCGCCGCUGCCAUCAUCACCACUACGACCACCACCACUGCACCCGCCAAGAACGUCUACGACAUGGAACCGACCAUCAGCAUCGUCCAGGGAGCCGGCAGCAUGGUGGUUCCCAGUUACCCUCAGAACCCGUACGACCUGCCGAGGAACAGCCACAUCCCGAGUCACUACGACCUGCUUCCCGUGCGCCCGAGCCCCUCCCACAGCCACAGCCUCACCCUGCACAGCCACAGCCCCCCGCUGCCCGGCAGCCCCACCAGCUCACUGCUCUAGACCUCCACCCACCCCCCCACAGCACCCAGACUGGACACUGGACCAGUGCUCCCAGUUCAUCGAGAGCCAGGAACUGUGAACUGGGAUAGGACAUGGUGGAAAGACUUGGUGCAUGUGUGAAUCUCCUCCCUGCAGCGCUCCGACCGCUGCUCUGCUGUUUGAUAAUUUAUCACUGUAUUAUAUCCAAACUGUUUCUGUGCCGAUCAAUACUACAUAUUUGUGUUGUAUUGUAAAUUCCCCCUCAUCAAGAAAAUGCCAACGGAGGGAAUAUACACGUACGUAUGCACACAAGUAUACCUUUUCUCUGGUAUGCUGAUUUCUUGGGAAGUCGAGGACGAUCGGUAAAGAAAAUAGGUUACUGUAAAUGUUUCUGAGUACGACUGUUGAACUGAAAAAUAAACGUGCGUGCCAAAGACGAGACUGAGGCCCACGUCACACCUGGACUGAGUGGAUCCACCACACCUGUACAAUGAAGCGGCAUCACACGGGCAUUACUUUCUGUGGAGAAAAGGUGCUCGUUACUCCGAUAUUCUCCCAAAAACAAGGACCUAAAAAUAUGUAAAGAAAUGCACACAAACUGCAGUCUGGUCAGAUCUACACGACCUGUACAGUUCUGGUAUUUUUACACAUCGUUUCUUAUUUCCUGUUUACAUAUUUAAAGAUCCUGACGAGGAUCCAUAUUUUCUCUCUGGAAAGUUCUCUUUUUGUAUGUACUGUAGACGGAGUGGUGUAUUAGCUGUACACUUACUGUACACUAGUGAUUAUUAUUGUGAUUUUCUUUUGUUGUGUCGAGCUUAAUACACAUGCAUGCCAAAGAUUAUUCAAGAUGUAAUAUUUAGACAGGAAAACCCUGAUUACGUUCUGUUGGUGCGAACUGAUUAUCGUCAUCUGACUGUGUCAACAUGGGAAACACUCCGAUCUCAAACACGCACUGCAGGGCUGCAACCAACAGUUAUUACUGAUUCAUCUUCUGAUUAUUUCUUCAAUUAAUUGAUUAAUUUUUUGGCAAAUUCCAUGUCAUGAAAAAGUGAAAAAUGUCCAUCUCAGUUUCAGUGAGGAUACUGAGAUAUUGAGUUAGUAUCACAUGGUGAGAAGAGAAGCAGCAAAUUAUGACAGAUUUUUUGCCUGAAAAAUUAGUCAUCGAUAAUCGUUUAUCAAAAUUGUUGCCAUAAAUUGACUAAUUGCAUCAGCUCUAAACCUCUUCCUAACAUACAAUGUGCAAACAAACUCUUGCAGAUGAAGCGCAAAAAAUUGUCCAAAUAUACUGCCAGUGAAAACAAUACUCAGAGAGCUUCCUGAGUCCCGAUCGAGCCUGAAGCACCGGCUCGCUGCUUCUCUGAAAUAAGACUGGAGAUGCACAAAGUUUUGCAAAAAUAGAGUGACACAUUGCUCAGCCUGUUACCUGAUGCACACUGAAACAAUCUGAUAGUCACUAGCUCGUAUUGCAUCUUGUUAGGAAAAGGUGAGAGGGUACGGUCACACAUGAGCAAAAUAAACAUUGGCGACUAUUCACCUCUCAUCGACUUUCAUUCAGUGCAGGGAGGGGGCAGCUAAUGUUGGAUUCAGACUACGUAAUGUCUGCCUGAUUAUAGCCCCACGCGGACGAGUGUUGUGCAUAAUAACCAACCAGGAAGCCAGUGUUCACUUCCUGUAAAAUUGAAUUUUUUUUCCUAAUCCCAUUGCAACCACAAAAGAAUGUCAAUCUGCAGUGUUGUACCGACGUAGUGCUUUUAUUUUGAAAGAGACUGUAUCAAACUGUACAUUUCCUGUGAAAACAGAAGUGUAUUUUGAAAACAGACAAUGCAUGUAACAGGUUGAAAUUGACACGGCGUCCCAGAACGUCAACAACCAACACACCCAGGGUACCUUGGACGUCAUAUCUCAAUUUAUGACCACGUGUAGACAUGUGACGAGGUCAGAGUGAGAGCGUGUUGUUCUCUCAUGUGUGACUGAACCCAAAAGCAGGGCUGUAUUUGUUACAGAGGUCAAAAGUGGAAGCACUUCUUAUAAAAAGGUCGAUGAUGUCAGUGACGUCACAGAAUCACCAGAUUUUUGUUCCCAAACAAACACAAUCAAAACAUGUUUCUAAUCUUCUGGUAACUGUUUCCAACAUGACAUAAAACAGAGCCGUGAUGAAUAAAAUCCUGCCGAACUUUUCAGUGACACACAGAGGUCAGAUUUGUUCAAACUGCUGAUAAAGAUUCGUUGGCAAAUAGCAAUAACAGGACAUGUUGACAAUCAGAUUUAAACAGCUUUGUUUUCACAUGUAUUUGUUUUCCUGCUUUUGUUCCAUCGGCUCUGACUUUAUCUCACUCGUACGUCUGUUCCUUCAGCUCUGACCCAGAUAAUAGUUUCAGCUACAGUAGAUGUAUCCAGUGCUGCUUGUUGGUCUUUUUGUUUCCAGCCCUAAACUCAAUAAAGUUGUCAUAGCUCAGGG